AUGUUUCGAAGGCUGUGCCUGCAAGCUUUGCUCUGUGCUUGUUGGCGCUGCAAAGCCCUUGAGCAGUCUGGGGAGCAUGUCGAUCUACUACAGCGCGGGCUCAUGUUGAACAAGGACGCCGGCGCCGGUGCCCUUGCCACAGGAAGCAGUUUCGGCAGCACUUUAGCACCUUUGCCAAUGACUUGGUUUCAUAUCGUGCAGGGCGGCAGCAUUGCGAACAUGCUUGUUCACAUGCCUGGCUUUUGCCCUGGAGUGCCUUUGAACGUUUCAGUUGGCAAGGACGACUUCGGCGGGAGCUGUUACCUAAAACAUUUCAUUGAGGCUUGCCCGGGCUUAUGUGAUCCAACACAUUUCCGUUGCCCGCCAAGCCUCGCAGAGUGUGUGGGGAGCCGGUACCCUGAGCAGAAAGGGCACCUGGUGGGAAUGUUCCGGCAGCCAGAACAGCGCAUUCUCUCUGAAUACUACGACUACAAGGAAGAGCUCUUCUUUCCAGGCGCCCCGCUUCUUUGCAACUACACGCAACAUCCGCACAAGCUGGAUCCGGAAGAAGUUCCGCCUGUCCUGGAGUAUGCGGAGCUUGUCAGAGGCGAAGUCGUCUUCCAACUAGUGGGAGACUGCAGUCCUGGGGAUCACAUGUUGGGGAAUCGGUGGGCAAUGAGGGAUGAGUGGAGGACUCAGAGCAAUGCGGAAGAGGCUGCCCGGCGGGUGCGCGAGGGCUUCGCCUUCGUAGGCGUCAUGGAGGAGUGGGACCUUUCCAUUUGCCUGUUUCACAAGAUGUUCGGAGGCCCCUGCAGGGCAGAUGACUUUGCAAACGAGCAUCCCACGCCGAAUGCUAACAAGACUGCCGAGGGUUUGUAUGACACGGCCCCGCUGCAGGGAUUUCAUGAUGACCUGGACGGGAUCGUGUACCAACAGGCGCUCCAGUCCUUCAGGCAGAACUUGCUCAAGUACAACGUGUCCAUCGAGUCAUGUCAAUUUUGUUUUGCAGAAGCGGGGCGUAAGUCCUGA